AUGACCCAUGUUGGAACAGACAUCAACAUCGCGACACAUGGAGGACCCCAAGACAGAGCAGGUGGAUAUUUUCUGAAGGAACUACAGCCCAUGGAGAGCCCAUGCUGGAGCAGGGGAAUUGUGGCCUAUGGAGGACUCGUGCUGGAACAGGUUUAUCCUGAAGGACUGCAGCCUGUAGAAGGGCCAAGGCUGGAGCUGGGGAACAGUGCAGGGACAUCCAGCUCUGCUGCCUUUCUGAUAUUGACAGGAAGAGGCAAGUUGUUCUAUCAGCCAGUCACAGGGCAGUUUGCAAAAGGACAAGUCCUGGGGGCAAAAAUAGGUGAAAGGAAUGAACCAGGUGGCUGGAAGAUGUACAGGCCUUUGGGAUUUCUCUUGGUUCUGAUUUGUUUAAUAUUCAGUGUACUAUCUACUAUAGAGCAUUAUUCAGAAUUUGCCACUGGAACCCUUUUCUGGAUGGAAAUAGUUCUGGUUGUGUUUUUUGGUGCUGAAUACGUGGUUCGACUAUGGUCUGCAGGCUGCAGGAGUAAGUAUGUUGGCUUCCAGGGAAGAAUACGGUUUGCCAGAAAGCCAAUAUCAAUUAUCGAUCUAAUUGUAGUAUUAGCCUCAAUUAUUGUUCUGAGCAUAGGAUCUAAUGGACAGGUGUUUGCUACCUCUGCAAUAAGGGGAAUACGGUUUCUCCAGAUACUUCGCAUGCUUCAUGUAGAUCGACAGGGUGGCACCUGGCGACUGUUAGGAUCGGUUGUUUUCAUACAUCGUCAGGAACUCAUAACCACAUUAUACAUUGGAUUCUUGGGAUUAAUUUUUUCAUCCUAUUUUGUUUAUCUUGCUGAGAAGGAUGCAGUCGAUGAGGAUGGAAAGACAGGUUUCUCCAGCUACGCUGAUGCCCUUUGGUGGGGUGUGGUAACGGUCACAACAAUUGGUUACGGAGACAAAGUUCCCCAGACGUGGAUUGGGAAGACAAUAGCAUCCUGUUUUUCAGUAUUUGCUAUAUCUUUCUUUGCCCUACCAGCGGGUAUUCUGGGGUCUGGUUUUGCCCUUAAAGUACAGCAGCAGCAACGUCAGAAGCAUUUCAACAGACAAAUCCCAGCUGCAGCUUCUCUAAUUCAGACUUUGUGGAGAUGCUAUGCAGCAGAGAAAUCCUACAGCUCGACAGCAACAUGGAAGAUCUAUGUUACACCACCAGUGCAAAAUCCAAAAAAACCACCAGCGCCAUCUAGCCCUAGUCUGAGAAAACAGGCUAGAAGAUAUAAAAGGAAGGGGAAACUAGGCUGUGGUAAUGGCUCUGCACCUGUAAUAAACCCAGGAGAGAAUGCCUUGUCUGUUCCACAGAUCACUUAUGAUCACACUGAUGAACAAGAAGACAAAAAAGAUGUGUCUUUCUACAUUGAUGAACCAAGAG